AUGGAGGGCGGAAGACAAAACUCUAAGCGAGCUUCUUCUCCGGGCACGGUUGGUUCUGACUGGAGGCUAAAGCGGAUCCCAGGAAAGCUGACACUUCCCACAGCGGAACCACGAUAGAGUUCACCGAGGACCGUAUUUCAAGCAAAAGCCGACCCUGUCAUGUCUGCUAAAGCCAUCUCCGAGCAGACGGGGAAGGAGUUCCUCUACAAGUACAUCUGCACCUCCGCUCCGAUCCAAAACCGCUUCCGUUAUGCCAACGUCACUCCUGAGACCGACCUGGACCGACUGGCCCUGGAACAUCCAUGGCUGCUCACAGAGAAGCUGGUGGUGAAGCCAGACCAGCUGAUUAAGAGGCGGGGCAAGCUGGGCCUGGUGGGCGUCAACCUGGACCUGAAUGGCGUCAAAAAUUGGCUGAAGCCUCGCCUCCUGAAGGAGACCAUGGUGGGAAAAGCCAAAGGCAUUCUCAAGAACUUCCUCAUCGAGCCGUUCGUCCCUCACAAGCAGGAGGAGGAGUUCUACGUGUGCAUCUACGCCACCCGGGAAGGUGACCACGUGUUAUUUCACCACGAAGGAGGGGUGGAUGUAGGCGACGUGGACACCAAGGCCAAGAAGCUGCUAAUUGGCGUGGACGAGAAGAUCAGCGUGGAGUCGGUCACCAAGCAACUGCUCUCGCACGUCCCUAACGACAAGAGACUGGUGCUGGCCCAAUUCAUUAUGGGGCUCUUUAACCUGUACGAAGACCUGUUCUUCACAUACCUGGAGAUUAACCCACUGGUGGUCACCAAAGAUGGCGUCUACGUGCUGGACAUGGCGGCAAAGAUCGACGCCACGGCAGACUACAUCUGCAAGGCCAAAUGGGGGGACGUGGAAUUCCCGCCACCUUUUGGCAGGGAGGCCUAUCCUGAGGAGGCCUACAUCGCAGAUCUAGAUGCCAAGAGUGGCGCCAGCCUCAAACUGACCCUGCUCAACCCCCAAGGCAGGAUAUGGACCAUGGUGGCAGGUGGAGGAGCUUCAGUGGUAUACAGCGACACCAUCUGUGACUUGGGCGGAGUCGACGAGCUGGCCAAUUACGGCGAGUAUUCGGGGGCGCCUAGCGAACAGCAGACCUACGACUACGCCAAGACCAUCCUCUCACUCAUGACCAGGGAGAAACAUCCCGAUGGAAAAGUCUUGAUCAUCGGAGGAAGCAUUGCCAACUUCACAAAUGUUGCAGCCACAUUCAAGGGAAUUGUUCGAGCUAUCAGAGACUACCAGGUGCCUCUAAAGGAGCACGAGGUGACCAUUUUUGUCCGGCGCGGGGGUCCAAACUACCAGGAGGGUCUCCGGGUGAUGGGAGAAGUUGGCAAGACCACUGGUAUCCCCAUCCACGUCUUCGGUACGGAAACCCACAUGACCGCCAUCGUUGGCAUGGCGCUGGGCCACAGUCCAAUCCCCAACCAGCCUCCCGUGGCCGCCCACACCGCCAACUUCCUCCUCAACUCCAGUGGCAGCCCAUCGACUCCAGCAUCCACCCGAACCGCCUCCUUCUCUGAGAACAGAUGCAAAGCCGAGGGCUCGCCGGCUAAGAAAGCCAAAAAUGGAGCUCCUGUUGUCAAGGCAACCACGCUGUUCAGCAAACACACAAAGUCCAUCGUGUGGGGCAUGCAGACGCGUGCCGUGCAGGGCAUGAUGGACUUUGACUACGUCUGCUCCAGAGACGAACCCUCAGUGGCCGCCAUGGUGUACCCCUUCACCGGAGACCACAAGCAGAAGUUCUACUGGGGCCACAAGGAGAUCCUCAUCCCCGUGUAUAAGAACAUGAGCGACGCCAUGAAGAAGAACGCGGACGUGGACGUGCUCAUCAGCUUUGCCUCUCUGCGCUCGGCCUUUGACAGCACCAUGGAGACCUUGCAGUACCCGCAGAUUCACACUAUCGCCAUCAUAGCUGAGGGAAUCCCUGAAGCCCACACCAGGAAGAUCAUCAAGGCGGCUGACGAGAAGGGAGUCACAAUCAUUGGACCAGCGACGGUGGGGGGCAUCAAGCCCGGCUGCUUCAAGAUCGGCAACACGGGAGGAAUGCUGGACAACAUCCUGGCCUCCAGACUGUACCGUCCGGGCAGCGUGGCGUACGUGUCGCGUUCAGGCGGCAUGUCCAAUGAGCUCAACAAUAUCAUCGCGCGCACCACCGACGGUGUCUUUGAAGGCGUGGCUAUCGGCGGGGACAGGUACCCGGGCUCCGUGUUCACUGACCACGUGCUGCGCUACCAGGACACCCCCGGAGUGAAGAUGAUUGUCGUGCUGGGGGAGAUCGGCGGCACGGAGGAGUACAAGAUCUGCCAGGCUAUUAAAGAGGGCAGGAUCACCAAACCUGUGGUGUGCUGGUGCAUCGGAACCUGCGCCACCAUGUUCGCCUCGGAGGUCCAGUUUGGCCACGCGGGAGCGUGUGCUAACCAGGCUUCGGAGACGGCAGUGGCAAAGAACAAAGCUCUGCAGGAGGCCGGCGCUUCUGUACCGAAGAGCUUUGACGAGCUGGGGGAUAUCAUCAAGUGUGAAUAUGACAAGCUCGUCACCAAAGGAGUCAUCCAGCCUGCACCAGAGCUGCCACCCCCAACUGUUCCCAUGGACUACUCCUGGGCACGAGAGCUGGGUCUUAUCCGUAAACCUGCGUCCUUCAUGACCAGCAUCUGUGACGAGAGAGGGCAGGAGCUCAUUUACGCCGGAAUGCCUAUCACCGAGGUCUUCAAGUCUGAAAUUGGGCUGGGAGGAACUCUGGGGCUUCUCUGGUUCCAGAGGAGGUUGCCUAGAUACGCCUGCCAGUUCAUCGAGAUGUGUCUCAUGGUGACAGCCGAUCACGGUCCGGCCGUCUCCGGAGCGCACAACACUAUCGUGUGCGCUCGGGCUGGCAAAGAUCUCAUCUCCAGCCUCACCUCUGGCCUCCUCACCAUUGGCGACCGCUUCGGAGGCGCUCUGGACGCCGCAGCCAAGCAGUUCAGCAAGGCGUUUGACAGCGGCAUACUGCCCAUGGAGUUUGUCAACAAGAUGAAGAAGGACGGCAAGCUCAUUAUGGGCAUCGGCCACAGAGUCAAAUCUAUUAAUAAUCCAGACAUGAGAGUUCAGAUCUUGAAGGACUUUGUGAAGCAGCACUUCCCCUCCACACAGCUGCUGGACUACGCUCUGGAUGUGGAAAAGAUCACUACUUCAAAAAAACCCAACUUGAUCCUGAACGUGGACGGCUUCAUUGGUGUGGCUUUCGUGGACCUGCUCAGAACCUGUGGUGGAUUUACCAGGGAUGAAGCUGAUGAGUUUGUGGAGAUUGGAGCUCUGAAUGGCAUCUUUGUCCUAGGUCGCAGCAUGGGAUUCAUUGGACACUACCUGGACCAGAAGAGGUUGAGGCAGGGUCUGUAUCGGCACCCUUGGGACGACAUCUCCUACGUGCUCCCAGAACACAUGUCCAUGUAGGACUGUGUUGACUGAAGCUUUGGCAUUGCAUCAAUAUGUUACUAUUACUGUCACUGUAUUGCUUGAAAGAGGUAUGAUUUUUAUUUUUGGAAAUCAAUGACUAGUGAAAACAUGUGGUACUGUGAACAUCCUGUCAGACAAAAUCAGGCUCUGGUUUGUAUUUCAGACCAUUCCAUUGUUGUGCAGCUCUCUUCAUUGUGCCAUUUUCUCUCCAUCAGUAGUUUGUUAGACGGGGUGACCUGUGUAGUGCAAUAAUAUGAACACACACUGUAGAUGAUAGCUUUAUUUAUGCAUAGGUGUCCUUGUCUGUAUUGUCUUGUCUGGGCACGGUGUGGCAAAUAAGAUGGAUGAAAAAUGGACCAUUUAUUUAUGGUCUCAAAUGAUCACACCAAAAUAAUAUGAAAAUACUACAAUGGUAGUUACUACAGUAUCGCUAAUUGGUUUUAAUUUCGGUACAAUAACGGUUGGUUAUGGUUACUGAUGAACGAUGGUAGGUUAUCUGUACUACAGACAGUAAUAAUUCAAAUGUGAAAUGGUACACUACAAUGCAUUUGGAAUAUUUAAUCAUGUGAGUAGUGUAAUCAAUCAAUGUGUUAGUCAACAUCUGUGUUCCGUAUUAUCUAAAAUAUGUCUAUUGUGUAACAGGAAAUAACGGUUUUCUCUUGAGUUGUACCCAAUUUUCAACAACAAACUGUUCAAAAUGGUAUGUUUCUGACGUCACAAACAAUAAAGCGAAUAAGACGUUUAGUGUCGCGAUUGUGUCCGUCCAAAGCUACACAAAACAUGAAUAAGUCACAAUGUACUAUUGUAUUUUAAUGUACGUCUAACAAUAAAAAUCGCUGAAUGGA